AUGAUUAGGAUUCAGCGAAGAUGCUUCAAUUGGAGGGAUUCGAUGAGAGAAGGAGCGUUUUCGCAAGCUUUUGAUGGGGAAAAGAGACCGACGCAUAUUAUUGUGGGAGCUGGGAGUGCGGGAUGUGUUUUGGGUGAGCGAUUUUGGGGGAAAUUGAAGGAAAUCUGUAUUUUUCUAUUGAAAAUUUUAAAUAUAGUUUGAAUUUCAGCCUUAAAAAAUAUAGUUUGAAUUUCAGCCUCACUGUUUUGAGCCAGAGUCCAAUAUGAGCAAUGUCCAAAAAUUUAAGUUCAACUCGAAUUGAAAGCUGGGCUAUAACUAAAAAUAAUUAAAAUUUGAUAGAAAAAUUAUUUUAUAUAAAUUUUAGCUCUAAUUUUAUAAUUAACGUGAAAAAAUUGAGCUAUAAUUGAAAUCAUUGAAAAUUUUAGCUGUGGCUCAAGUACAUGACAACUUGAUUAAUCGGAGCAAUGUCUUAAAAUUGGAGCCAUAACUAGAAUCAUUGAAAAAUUUAGCUGUAGUUUAAAUUUGAGCUGAAACCUGGGAAUUUGAUUAAUAUGAGCAAUGUUCUAAAAUUUAAGCUAGAAUAAUUAAAAAAAAAACUAUAACUAGAAUCAUUAGAAAAUUUAACUGUAGCUCAAAUUCUAGCUAUAACUUUAGUUAUCUGAAAUUUAGCUGUAGCUUAAAUUUGACCUAACAAGGAAAGGUUUUCAAUGUUCCCCCAAGGAAAAAAUCGAGAGUAUGUGGAAUGUUGAGGGUUCCCAUGGGUAAGAAAAACCCUAACGGGAAUAAGGAGAAAAAUGCCUUGUUUUAGAAAAUUUUGGUGUUAUUGAUUUUUGCGAUGAAAUUUUUUAGAAAAAUCGAAACUUUUUUCAAAAUUGAUGAAAAAUGUCGGUCCAAAAAUCCAUUUGUAGCGCAAACGGCGUACUUUAGUAUUACUUCGACUAAAAUUAGGAAUAAAAUAAUUUUGGUCCCAAAAGUCCACUAAAUCAAAAAUCCAGUUUAAAAAAUUCAUAGAAAAUCAACGUUUUCGUUGUGAAGGAGAAGUUUGUGUGAAUCGAGACUAUGAUUUUCGGAUUCUACGGACCAAAUUACGUCUGUUGACCGUCAUAAAUUUUUCAAGUUCCGUUCAUUUGAAAAUUGAAAAAAUUAUUUUUUGUGUUUUUUGGUGACCAUUUGAUCAGAAAAACCCCGACUAAAAAAACCAAAUUUCAAAAAAUGUCUAAUUUUUUGAUAAAAAGUUUCACAAACACGUAAUCGACCAUUCUGAACAACUUCCACGACUCAAAAGUUCAUGAAAUAGAUUCAAAAUCGAGUUACAGAUGCUCUAAAAAUCAAAAAAUGGUGUAAAAAUCGACCUAAAAUACAUUUUUUCUCGAGAAUAAGGCAUUUUUCUCCUUAUUCCCGUUAGGGGUUUUCUUACCCACGGGAACCCUCAACAUUCCACAUACUCUCGAUUUUUUCCUUGGGGGAACAUUGAAAACCAUUCCUUGUAAAACCUAAAAAUUUGAUCAAUCUGAGCAAUGUUCUAAAAUUUGAGCCAUAACUAAAAUCAUUGAAAUAUUUAACCCUAGCUUAAAUAUGAGCUGAAACCUGGAAAUUUACUUAAUCUGAGCAAUAAAAUUUGAGCUAUAACUUUAGUUAUCUGAAACUUGAGCUGUAGCUUGAAAUAUCUGAAAUUCGGGCUAAAAAUUGACUUAUUUGUAAAUUUGGGUUUUAGCUUAAAUUAUUAGAGAAAUUUAGGUAUAGUUCAAAAUAUUCAAUCUGAGCAACUUAGUUAUCUAAAAUGUAAACUAUCUAAAUUUGAACUUAUUAAAAAUUACCCUAAAACUAAUGAAAAAAUUCAGAAUUUUUAAAAUUCAUGUAAAUUUCUAUGGAAAAUUGUUCAAAAAUCACAUAUAAAUUUUGUAAAAACUGAAACCAGCUUGAAAAUUUAUCCUCCCCAAAAUUUUCGAAAAUAUUUUCCAGCAAAUCGUCUCACCGAAAAUCCCUCAAACCAUAUUCUUCUCGUCGAAGCCGGUCCGAAAGAUCACAAAUGGGAUUUUCGUUUACAUAUGCCAGCGGCUUUGAUGUACAAUUUAUGUUCCGACACUUAUAAUUGGUUUUAUCACACAACAGCGCAAAAGAAUUUGAAUAAUCGCACUUUUUAUUGGCCGAGAGGGAGGUAAUACAUCUAAUUAAUUAAUUAAUUAAUUAAAAUAAUUGCAGAGUUUGGGGUGGAUCUUCAUCAUUGAAUGCGAUGUGUUAUGUUCGAGGACAUCGGAUGGAUUAUGAUCGAUGGGAAAAAGAAGAGGGAGCUGAUGGUUGGAAUUAUGAGAGUUGUUUGGAGUAUUUUAAGAAGGCCGAAAAUUAUGAUAGGAGUUUGGGAGAAGAUGAUCAAUUUCGGGGGAAUCGGGGGCCGAUGAAUGUGAAGAGAGGAGAUGGAGAACAUCCGUUGCAUAGGUGGGGGCUGGGAUUUGAAAAAUGCUUCAAAUAGAGUAUAAACAUGCCUAGGUUAGGCCUAGCUGCCGAGCCUAGAAAUUCUAGUUGUCAAGGAGCCAUGCCUAGAGAUCUACUAUCUCAAGAAGCCGUGCCUUGAGAGCUUAUAUCUCAAGGAUCAGCGCCUUUAGAGCUUCUUUCUCAAAAAGCGGUGCCUAGAGAACCUAUUUUUCAAGGACCCGCGCCUAGAGCGUCUAGUUGUCAAGUAGCCGCGCUUAGAGAAGCUAUUUUUCAAGUAGCCGCGUCUAGAGAUUCACUAUCUCAAUGAGCCGCGUCUAGAGAACCUAUUUGUCUAGGACACGCGUCUAGACAGCCUAGUUUUCAAAGAGCCGCGUCUAGAGAUUCACUACGUCAAGGAUCAACGCCUAGAAAGCCUAGUUCUCAAGGUGCCGUGCCUUGAGAGCCUCUAUCUCAAGGAGCCGCGCUUAGAGAGCUUCUAUCUCAAGUAGCCGCGCUUCGCGAGCUUCUAUCUCAAGGAGCCACGCCUAGAGAGCCUAGUUCUCAAGGAGCAGCGCCUAGUCUCCCAGAUUUGGAAAAUCAAAUUUUUCUGCAAUUUUUGUCCCGAAAAAAGAAAGCUAUCGUUCAAUCAAAAUUUUGGGAUUUUUCAGAUACUUAGAAAAUUUUUGAAACGUAUUUUUUUCGAGGUGAAUUUUUAAAUUCAAAAAUUUUCCAGAGCCUGGCUCGAAGCCGGAAAACACCAUCGCAUCGGUACAACAUCAGAUCAAAACGGCAAAGAUCAAGAGGGAAUCGGAUAUAUGGACAUGACAAUUCAUAAUGGCGAAAGAGUUAGCGCAUCUAAAGCCUAUAUCCAUCCGAUUUUGGGAAAACGCGAGAAUUUGAUCACAUCUUCGGGAAUAACUUGUACUCGAGUGCUUUUUGAUGGAAAUCGAGCGAUUGGCAUUGAAUUUAUCAGAAAAUUGAAUUUUGUUGGGACGGAGAAUAUCGAUUCUUAUAGCCGCGAGAAGAUCUAUAUUCAGGGAGAUGGGGAUGUUAUUUUAUCCGGCGGUGCUAUAAAUACACCACAGAUUUUGAUGUUAAGUGGACUUGGACCUGCUGAACAUCUCAGGUCUCACGGGAUACCAAUUGUUGCUGAUCUUCCUGGUGUCGGGCAAAAUCUACAGGAUCAUUUGGAGAUUUAUGUGCAGCAAGAAUGCCGCAAACCGAUCACCCUGUAUAAUCAAUCUUCUUGGAAAUUCCCGCAUAAUAUGGUGAAGAUUGGGUUGGAGUGGUUUUUGGCGAGAAAGGGAUUGGGAGCGAGUAGUCAUUUGGAGACGGGUGGAUUUGUGAGAAGUUCCGAUGACGUGGCACAUCCUGAUAUACAGUUUCAUUUUUUGCCGUCCACUGUUCAUGAGGAUGGAAGGGUUAAUGGAAGUUGUCAUGGGUAUCAGGUAGGCGUUUUUUUAUUUUUAUAAAUUGAAAAUUUAAAAAUUAAAAAAAAAAUUUAAAAGCUUCAACAAUGAAAAUUGAGCCCUAAGAAUUAUCAGAAACUCUGAAAAUAAAAAUAGAUAGAAAUCAUGAAUUUCAGCUCCAAAAGAAUAGAUUUUAUCCAUAAAAAUGAGCUAGAAUUGAAAAUCGUGAAUUCGGAGUAACUUCGAAAUGACGAUUUAUUAUUUUUAUCCAUUUUCGAAGUUACUCCGAAUUCACGAUUUUUUAAUUUAGCCUAAGUUUGUGGAUGAAAUGAGCUAAUGAUUUUUCAGACUAAAAUUUUAUUUUUUCUUCUAAAAUUUCAGAAAUUCUUUUUUCAUGCUUCAAAAGUACCAAAAAUUGAGCCCUAAAAUAUAUAAGAAACUUUGAAAAAAAAAAUUUAAGUGAGCUUGUCUGAAACUAAAAUUUCAGAUUUUCAAAAAUAGUUUUCAAAAUUUCAGAAAUAGAGUUUAGAGUUUCAAAAAUACCAAAAAUUGAGAGAGUGAUCGAAAAUUCCGAACAAAAUUCAUCAAAGAUUUCCAGGUGCACGUUGGUCCAAUGCGCUCCAAAUCAACCGGCUACAUAAUGCUCCAAUCAAAAGAUCCCAGAAGAGCUCCAAUCAUAAAUCCGAAAUAUUUGGAUAAAGACGAGGAUUGGAAAGAGUUCCGAAAAUGUAUUCGAAUUUCGCGCGAAUUAUUUGCGACACAGCCUUUUGAUGAGUUUCGAGGCAAGGAAUUGGCACCUGGAAGUGAUUGCCAAUCUGAUGCGGAUAUUGAUCGAUUUGUUAGGUGAGAGCGGGGUAUUUCGAAGGGAAAUUUGGGAUUUUUGAGGUUUUUUGGACUUUAAAAGCUUUAUUUUUCUGAAAAUUCAAUAGUUAUCUUAUAAUUAAAUUUUUUUAUUCAGAAAAAAUAUUGAUUUAAGAGACGUUUUUUGCAAAAAGGCAAAUAGGGUCGGACAACAAAAAAGGGUGUAAUUUUAGAAUCGGCUCAAUUUUUUUUUAUUGAUACAUGGAUAGAUGGUGAACAUUUUCCACCAUAUUUUUUUCCAUAAAAUCGAUGCACCAAUUUGGUGGGGGUGAUGAAUGCGAAAAAGGGCAUUUUUUCAAAAAAUCAGAACUCAGCUCAAACUUCAUUAUUUUUGAGGAUCAAAAAAGGAUUUUGUAGCUCUUGAGACGCUCUUUACUCCUGAAUUUACUAGAAUUGCCGAAAUCCAAAAAUAAAUUUUCAAAAUCGAUGAAAAAUUUUUGACGCUAAUUUUCCCCCCUUAAACGCCAUUUCCGCAAUUUCUAACUCGAUCCAUUAGAUCCGCCUUGCAAUUUUACGGCGGAUUAGUCGAAAAAAACGGAAAAAAGGGGGGGCCUCAGAAAAGUUUGUUUCCACCUUCUAAUUUUCAUUCUGACGCGCGCAACACACAUGUGUGUAUUUUGUGUGCGCAUGCUCCCACAUAUAUGUGUGUUGUGUGUUAGAAGCUUGAAAUAUACAAGGGUACUGUAGUGUGUAGUUUUUUUUGUAUUUUAAUUGUAGAUUUAGUAUCUGGGGAGGUAAGAAAAACCCCGAAAGAUUUUUACAUGCAAAAAUGUUUUUCCUGGGGGUAGACCUUUUUUGAGAUUUUUUUUUUGGUUCUAAAUUUUGAAAAAUUGUAACUUUACUUAUAGUGGACGAAAAAAAUCGAACAUAAAAUCUAAACAAAGCUUACAUUUCGCUCUAUGAAUUCAGCUCAUGGACAGUUCUAUGGACUGGAGAAAAUGGUUGUAACAAACUUUUUUUUCUGACCUCAGACAUUUGAAUACAUCUUUGUUGUCUUAACGAAACACUUUGAAAAUGUCGGGAACUAUAACCUCUCAACUAUUCGCACCAGAAAAAGCUAGCAGCCAUUCCUAGAGAACUACUCGGGAAAAAUCCCGCAAGUGCCGGCAAGAAUUGAAGUCGAGCCGCAAUGGCUGCGGGUGAAGCCGCCGUUGUUGCGGGGGAAAGACAAGGGGAAUGUGAGAGAGCGCAGACGCUCGCUACUUUUUGUCUGUCUGCCUGUGCUCUCUCACACUUCCCUUGUCUUUCCCCCGCAACAACGGCGGCUUCACCCGCAGCCAUUGCGGCUCUACUGCAAUUCUUGCCGGCACUUGCGGGAUUUUUCCCGAGUAAUUUAUCCUCGCUAUCAGAGCACUACAUGUCAGCCCUUCGAAAAUUGAACAUCGCUGAGAGUGAAGUAGACUCAGAAUCAGUGAAAAAAAGAAAAAAAUCUAUAAUUUUUGAAAUCCCUGUUGUUGCACAUAUUUUGUUUCGAAAUAAGUUGAGGCCUUUUACUCUUAUGGCUAACUGAAUGCUCAAUAAUGUAUUUUAAAAAAUCAAGCUGAAUGCUAUUUCACAAGUUCUAGACCAGCAAUUUUUACUCGCUGUAGAUCACGCGGGAUUCGAAUAUCUUCUCGUUUCUUUCACUUUCAGCGAUUGCUCUUUGACAUGCCGUUAGAGAGCAAGUCUGACAAGAAUCCUAUCAAUUUUCCAAGCGAGAUUUUUCCUUUUCAAACUUGCUCUUUAGGCGUGGCUUCUUGUCAGAGCUUCUUACUAGGAGCAGUACCUAGAGAUAUUGGAUCUUUUUUGAAGGCGCAACGACUUGACAUAAAAACUAUCAAGAGGCCGUACCAAGUGAAAGUUCUUAACGCAACGUUGCCAGACAUAGCAGCUCUUCUAGUGCUGAUAGAGAGCGCGUAAACUUCAUUUUCGAUUCCCUGAAACUUUUCCCAAAACUUAUUUUUUAGAUAAUAUUUUUCAUAAUGUGAGGAAUCGAUCCAGUGAACUUUUUUUUACGUUUUUAACUUUACUUAAAAUUGCAGCCUGCAGAAAACACUAUUUCUGUUUAUUUUUGCAAGAGAAAAGUAUACAAUCGAUGUUCAGAACUACGGGGAACCCGGAAAUCUAUCGAUUUUAACAUUUUCAAUACAAUACGAAAAUAUAUACGUAAUUUCGAAUCUAGACAAUAGAACACUUCACACUUUUCAAAAAAUAUUUCGAAUUUUCGUUUUUUUUUUUGAAAAUUUCGGUCAGAAAAAAAAGUUUGUUACAACCAUUUUCUCCAGUCCAUAGAACUGUCCAUGAGCUGAAUUCAUAGAGCGAAAUGUAAGCUUUGUUUAGCUUUUAUGUUCGAUUUUUUUCGUCCACUAUAAGUAAAGUUACAAUUUUUCAAAAUUUAGAACCAAAAAAAAAAUCUCAAAAAGGUCUACCCCCAGGAAAAACAUUUUUGCAUGUAAAAAUCUUUCGGGGUUUUUCUUACCUCCCCAGAUACUAAAUCUACAAUUAAAAUACAAAAAAAACUACACACUACAGUACCCUUGUAUAUUUCAAGCUUCUAACACACAACACACAUAUAUGUGGGAGCAUGCGCACACAAAAUACACACAUGUGUGUUGCGCGCGUCAGAAUGAAAAUUAGAAGGUGGAAUCAAACUUUUCUGAGCCCCCCCCCUUUUUUCCGUUUUUUUCGACUAAUCCGACGUAAAAUUGCAAGGCGGAUCUAAUGGAUCGAGUUAGAAAUUGCGGAAAUGGCGUUUAAGGGGGAAAAUUAGCGUCAAAAAUUUUUCAUCGAUUUUGAAAAUUUAUUUUUGGAUUUCGGCAAUUCUAGUAAAUUCAGGAGUAACGAGCGUCUCAAGAGCUACAAAAUCCUUUUUUGAUCAUCAAAAAUAAUGAAGUUUGAGCUGAGUUCUGAUUUUUUGAAAAAAUGCCCUUUUUCGCAUUCAUCACCCCCCACCAAAUUGGUGCAUCGAUUUUAUGGAAAAAUAUGGUGGAAAAUGUUCACCAUCCAUCCAUGUAUCAAUUAAAAAAAAUUGAGCCGAUUCUAAAAUUACACCCUUUUUUGUUGUCCGAGCUCCUUCAUUAAAAUUCACCUUUUUGCAAAAAACGUCUCUUAAAUCUUCAAGUUCAAAAAGUUAUCCUAAUUGUAAAUGUUUUUUUUUGCAAUUUGAAAGAUGACCUAAAAUUUUAAAAAAUCCAAUUUCUCUAAUUUUCGAAAUUUUCCUCAAAUUUGUUCAUAAAUGGAAAAUUCGUGUAGUUCUCGAGGACAACCUUGAUGUUUCAAAAAUUCAAAAAAAUCGGAAGUUUCCGUGUAGUUCUCGAGAAGAACCGCAAAGUUCUAAAAAAUCAAAAAAAAAUUGGGAAAUCCGUGUAGUUCUCGAGGACAAUCGGCAAAUUUCAAAAAUUCAAAAAAAUUGGAAAUCUGUGUACUUCUCUCGGAGAACCGCGAACUUUCAAAAAUUCAAAUUUUGCAGAGAAAAAGCGGCUUCUGCCUAUCAUCCAUCUUGCACUGCAAAAAUGGGCCCCGCCACCGACAAAAUGUCCGUAGUCAACCCGAAAACUUUGGAUGUUUACGGGACUGAAAAUCUGAAAAUCGUCGACGCCUCGAUUAUGCCAUCAAUAGUUAGCGGAAAUCUGAAUGCGCCUGUGAUUAUGAUGGCCGAAAAAGCGGCGGAUUUGAUUAAGAAUGAACAGCAGAAACGGGUUUAG